AUGCAGUCCCUCAACAUCACCCCGGAGCGGUUAGCCCGGCUGCUGCGGGAGCACAACAUGAGCCGCGAGCACUUCAUCUCCCUAUACGGGCUACGGCCCCUCGUCUACAGUCCCGAGCUGCCAGGAGCCGCCAAGCUAGCCUUCGUGUUCACCUCUGUGCUCAUCUUCAUCUUGGCGCUUUUCGGCAAUGGCCUGGUGCUCUACGUGGUGACCAGGAGCAAGGCUAUGCGGAAAGUCACCAACAUCUUCAUCGGUUCCCUGGCACUCAGCGACCUGCUCGUUACCUUCUUCUGCAUCCCAGUCACCAUGCUCCAGAACAUCUCUAGCGACUGGCUAGGUGGUGCCUUUGUUUGCAAGAUGGUGCCAUUUGUCCAAUCUACUGCUGUUGUUUCUGAGAUUCUGACUAUGACCUGCAUUGCUGUGGAGAGGCAUCAGGGAAUUGUGCACCCUCUGAGAAUGAAACGGCAGUAUACCAACAAAAGGGCCUUCACAAUGCUGGGCAUUGUUUGGCUGGUCGCUGUGAUCGUUGGAUCUCCCAUGUGGCACGUGCAGCAGCUGGAGAUUAAAUAUGACUUCCUAUAUGAACAAGAACACAUUUGUUGCCUGGAAGAAUGGAGCAGUCCUGUCCACCAGAAGAUCUACACUACAUUCAUCCUCAUCAUCAUCUUCUUGCUGCCUCUUGUGGCGAUGCUUGUCCUUUAUGGUAAAAUUGCCUAUGAGCUCUGGCUCAAGAGAAGAGUAGGAGACUCUUCUGUUCUCAAAGCUAUUCAUGGAAAUGAAAUGUUGAAGAUAACCAGGAAGAAGAAGCGAGCUGUCAUCAUGAUGGUGAUGGUGGUUUCCCUCUUCACUGUAUGCUGGGCUCCUUUUCAUGUAAUUCAUAUGAUGAUGGAAUACAGUAAUUUUGAAAAGGAAUAUGAUGAUGUUACCAUCAAGAUGAUUUUUGCUGUUGUGCAAAUCAUUGGCUUCUCCAAUUCGAUCUGCAAUCCUAUCAUUUAUGCUUUCAUGAAUGAAAACUUCAAAAAGAAUUACCUCUCUGCGAUCUGCUUUUGCAUCGUCAAAGGGUCCCACGCUCCAGGCAGAAGGCGGGGCAGGCUGAGUCAUCGGAAGGGAGCAGUGGAGGCAGUGAGGAGAGAAGCCUUCAGCGAUGGCAACAUUGAAGUCAAAUUGUGCUAG